AUGGCUACGACGCUCGCGUCCACAACGCGCCCAAUCGUGCUAGCAAGCUCGCUCUCGCCGGCGCCGACGCAACCCCCAAUAGCCCAUGUCAUCUCCAUCCUCUCCCUUACUACGUCCUCCGUCCUCUCCGUCCUCAGGGCCCUGUUCACAGCCGUAUUCACGCCCAUCUACCACCUACUCUAUCGCCCCCUCUCCUACAUCCUCGCGCCAUUCGUGCUCUUCCUAUACAUUGUCUUCGACGUCUUUGUCCGCACGCCGCUGGCGAUAAUCCAAUACCUCGCUGAGCAAGUGUACCCGAUUUAUUUACUAGUAGGCGUUGCGUGUAUAUGCGGCGCGCUGGUGGGGCUUGCUUCGCGAGGCGUUGCCGCGGGGAUUGUCAGCGUGAUAUUGGGUGCCUUGCCUGUCGGCAGCAAGGUCAGGACGAAGAGCGAGGUUGGGAUUAAGAAGGAGGGGAUGGCGGUGGAGCCGAAGCCCAGGGACCAUCUGUAUUGGGCGCCAUACCUCGGUGUACCACGCCGAAGCAUAUGCAAUAAGCCAAGCAGCGGCGCGCAGCAGGGUAUCAUUCAAAGCUGUCCGUCCUCCGACACGCACCUUGCUAUUGGCGUAUCCGGCGCACACCCAUCUCUGUCCCGAGAUGCAAGGAACCGAAUCGUCGGUCUCACCCUUUCAUUCCAUCGGAACCACCAGGGUCCUAUGUGGUGGGAGCCGAUUCUCGAUUAUAACUGCUCGGAGAAAGAUUACAUCAAGAGAGUAUGGACCACAUCACUUACCAUUGCGAUUGCGUUAGAGUUACUCUCGUGUCCUGCGUGCUCUCGUCCUUUGACUGCUCAAUGGCGCACCGCAACACUCUACAUUGUUGGUGCAAUUGAGAUGAAGAGGCUCGGCCUUGCAUUGCAUGAUAUCGUGGAUCAACGUCACUCGACACACCAACGCAGCGUGGAGAAGGCUCUUCACAGAGUGCGCAGGAGCCUGCCCACGUUCCGUUAA